UGUAAAAAGAGGUGCAUAAUUCUGAAUACAUGACACUGGAAAAUGGUAUUUGGCGCACAUUGUUUAACAGUUGCAGUAGUCCUGUUAAUAUCUCUGAAUUAUGGAUUAAGUCAAAUGAACAUGAUAAGGCAAUUUCAACGAAUUCUGAAUGAAACUCAAUUGAAUCGGUUAGGAAAUUUUAUUAUCCGAUAUCCAAACACAGAAAAUCCCCACAUUCGAUCUCAAGUCAUUUUUCCCAAAUCAUUGGCGUUUCCCUGUCAAAAUACAACAGGUUUUGGUAUUGGAAGGUCGAUUGAAAGGCCAACAAGUGUACACAGGCUCCGACCAGGAGACAUAGACGUGGUGGGUGCCCUAGGAGACUCACUGGUGGCCGGUAAUGGUGCAAUGGAAGAAUGGGCUCUAGGCACUAUGAUAGAAUACAGAGGAGUAUCCUGGUGUGCAGGUGGUCAAGGCACAUGGAGGGAAUACUUGACAUUGCCAAAUAUUUUAAAGGAGUAUAAUCCAAACCUAAAAGGAUACUCAACAGGAACUGGAGAAUUUCUCUCAGCAAACGCUCAAUUAAAUGUAGCAUUUCCAGUAGCUGCUGAUGCAGAUGCACUACGCCAAGCAAAAAUUUUAGUGAAAAAAAUGAGAGCCAAUAAAAAUAUUAACAUUAGGAGAGACUGGAAAAUGAUAACACUAUUUUUUGGAGCAAAUGAUAUCUGCUCAGCACAGUGCUAUGACAGCGAAAAGGCAUCUGCAAGAAGUCACGCCAGAAAAUUAAUACUCGCACUUGAUUAUUUACAACAAAACCUGCCAAGAACGUUUGUCAAUUUAAUUCCAGUUUUAGAUGUGUCUGUGAGUGUAAGGAUAAAGAGAACUAUGAUGUGUAGACUUUUACAUGGACUUUUCUGUGGUUGUUUUCAUCGUGGUGGUAACGAGAUGGAUAUUAUAACUGGCUUAACCAAAGAAUAUCAACGAGCAGAAGAAGGGUUGAUUCUCAGUGGAAGGUAUGACCAGAAGGACGAUUUUACCGUUGUGCUCCAACCUUUUAUGAAGUUAUUUAAUGCUCCGGAUGACCCCGCACGCAAAUUCGACGAAGUUAUUGAUAUAUCGUACAUUACACACGAUUGUUUUCAUUUUUCUCAGAAAGGCCAUGCAUUAGGGGCCAAUUUGCUUUGGAACAAUAUUCUACAACCCGUUGGCAGGAAAACCACAAGGAAGUUAAAUUUUAUUUUAGAACAUUUUGAAUGUCCUAAAUUCAACUCUCCGUAUCUUUUUACCAACAAAAAUUCAAAAAUAUUCCUUGAGACUGGUCAUCAGUAACAUUCAUUCUUUGUUUAUAAUGUGUCUACUAUAAAA